AAAAAAAAAAAAAAAAAAAACAGAGAUACUUUCAAACUCAAGAAAACAUAGCCGGGGCCUAGGGAGGGAACCAUACAAUGUUUUAUCAAAAGGGACAAGUCUAAUAUGACUUACCAUCUUUACCUUUCUCUUAGUCCUGCCUUACUUGUUGAAAGUGGAAAGUUUCUUCUCUCGGCAAAGCGCACACGGAGAACUACAUACACAGAGUAUGUGAUAUCAAUGGAUGCUGACAACAUUUCAAGCUCAAGUAGCACUUACAUUGGCAAACUGAGGUCUAACUUUCUUGGGACAAAAUUCAUAACAUACGACACAGCGCCUGCGAACAACGGUUGCCAAAUACUGUCACCACCAAACCAGAGUCGUAGGUUCAACUCAAACAAAGUCUCUCCUAAAGUCCCUUCUGGAAAUUACAACAUCGCUCAGGUUACAUAUGAGCUGAACCUGCUUGGAACCCGUGGACCUCGCAAGAUGCAUUGCACUAUGCACUCUAUCCCCUCUUUGGCUCUAGAACCCGACGGCACUGUCCCUGGCCAACCUGAGGUUCUCCAACGGCCCCUUGAUGAAUCUUUCCGCAGCAUGGGUUCCUCAAAGAUACUCGACCACUCGGGAGAUUUCAGCAGCGCCCGGUUCUCAGACAUUGUUGGACCGCAAGAAAAAGAAGGAAAGCAGGGACCUUUGUUGCUGAGAAACAAACCGCCAAGGUGGCACCCACAGUUGCAAUGCUGGUGCCUUAACUUCAGAGGGAGAGUGACAAUUGCCUCGGUUAAGAACUUCCAGUUGGUAUCCGCUGCAGCGGUUCAGCCCUGUUCUGGUAGUGAUGCUACUAAAACAUUGACCACCAGGCCAUCACCACCAGCACAGCAGCCAGGGCCAUCAGACCAUGAGAAGAUCAUACUACAGUUUGGGAAAGUGGGUAAAGACAUGUUCAAUAUGGACUAUCGCUAUCCUCUCUCUGCCUUUCAAGCCUUUGCUAUUUGCUUGAGCAGCUUCGACACUAAAUUGGCAUGUGAAUAAAUAAGUAGAAAGACACCAAUGGUCCACAAUAUAAGAUGCGGUUGGAUUAUAUAUAUAUGGGAACCGUUUGGAUCUAUACCAUAUCGAUUAUGCCAAGGCUUGUUUGGUUUUUUUAAUCGGAUCUGGUGUGCUAGUGAAUUUGAACGUU